AUGGCAACCGAAGAAACACGAAAUUCCGUCGAGUUCAUUGCCUUUUUGCUAUGGUAUUCCUUCUUGGUGUUUUGCUGUGUAUUACCAACAUGUUGCGCCUAUCGACGCCGACAAAUGUUAAUGCAGCUACAACGAGAAGAAGCAGAAUUUGAGCAGCGGUAUUUCUUUGGCGGGGGACAAUUUGCUGUCGGUGGUGGUAACCAAAUUGGCAACGGGAUGGACGAAGAGGAAGCUCGAGCGGAACGCACCUCAAGGAUCUCCACAGCUUUGAAAGCUACUUCUUUUGUGGUGGAAGAAAAAGACAUUCUGGAAAAUAAGGAGUACCUUGCAGGGAACACCAAUUUAGGUACGUGUAGCGAAGAUAGGAAAGAAGCAGCAAUUCAGGUGGAUGAGGAGCUAGGAGCAGUCGUCGAUCGUGAUAUGAUGGACCAGAACGUGCUCCAACUGCCGUCAGGUGGAGAGAAUGCAGGCCGAUUAGUUCCUGGAGGAUGCGCAAUUUGUCUUGAUACCUAUCGCGCUGGUGAUGAAGUGAUUUGGUCGCCAGAGUCUUCUUGCCACCAUGCAUUUCAUCAAGACUGUAUCGUUCCAUGGCUGACAAAGAAAGAGGAACCCAAAUGCCCAUGUUGUCGACAGACCUUUUGUGACGUGGAGCCUGUGAGAGCGGAAGCUUCUCCAAACAACACCGGUCUAUCUCCGUUUGGGCUGAUACCUUCUGGUUUCAUCAUGAGACAAAAUGUAUCGCAAAAUGGUAGACAACUGAUAAUUAUUCCAUCAGCAAAUGUAAUUGUUUCCCAAACAAUGAGUGAUCGGGGUGUUAUGGGCCUACGACUAGCAGAAAGAGACUCACGAGACCCACCUGCUACAGGUGAAGGCGGCACGAAUGCAGAGCAAAGCGAGCAGGCGGUAGAAGAAAACAGCUCUCGGUUGGAGAAUGCCAAUGAAACUAGUUGUGAUCAGAGUUCUGAUGUUAUCGCUCCACAAGCAUCAUCAGAGAUUGAAAUGGAAGAGAUGGGAGAACCGGUAGCAAACAGGGAACAAACAAUUCCUGAGCAAAGUGCAGUGGAAGUUAGUGAUGACGUUGGAGUAAAUGUCGCUAAAGAUGAGGCUUCCGCUGAAGAUAGUCGAGCCAAAUAA